UCGUACUCUCUUUUUGUAGGGUUCAAGCAGCGUCUUACGCCGUCAGAUAUAUAUACAGAAGCUCAAAACACCGAGCUCGCGGCUGGGACUGGGAGCUUGUCCAUCUACUUUACCAGGAAGGAAAGGAAUCAAAGCCGUGCUCUCCGCCAUCAAAAUGCCUAAGCAAAUCCAUGAAAUUAAGGAUUUCCUUCUCACUGCAAGAAGGAAAGACGCACGCUCUGUGAAAAUCAAGAAGACCAAAGAUGCGGUGAAGUUUAAGGUUCGAUGCUCCAAGUACCUUUACACACUUUGUGUUUUUGACACAGAGAAGGCUGACAAGCUUAAGCAGUCUCUCCCUCCAGGUUUGAAUGUGCAAGACCCUUGAAUUAGAAUCAGCUGAGGCUGUGAGAUGGUUACCAGGACUUGAGAGUUGGAAACUUAUCUUUUGUUGUUUUUUUUACCGUAAUCGAAGUACAUUGCGUGGAAUUUUUGCUUCCAUUCUGCACUAGUAUGGUGAUAAUGUUUAAAUUCUAAAAUUAUGUCGAUUUA